GAUACGAAAAGAGCUUGCAUCAGGCGCAUGGUGCCCAAAACCACAAAUUAAAGCAGGCUCGUAUGAAUUCUUAGAGGUGAAUUUUGAGCAGGUAUAUGUGAUCACAGGAAUUGAAACACAAGGUCGUUAUGGGAAUGGGACAGGUCGAGAAUAUACGACGCAUUAUACGAUUGAAUAUCUAAGAUUGAACAGUUCAUGGAUAAAGUAUCACAGUAGAGCUUUAAUUGAGGUAUUAGACGGAAAUGAAGAUACGACGAGUACUGUACGGAGAGAUUUGGAUCCACCGUUUGUUGCUUCACAAAUUCGAAUUGUACCUUAUUCAACGCAUGCAAGGACAAUGUGCCUGAGAGUGGAAUUUUACGGAUGUCCAUAUAAUGAUGCUUUAAUGUUCUAUUCGAUGAAUAAUGAUGGCUCCAGAAUUGACAAUUAUGAUUUUCGUGAUAAGAUUUUUGAAAAAUCAAAUAUGCUUAGUCAUUUCACAAAUAAUAAAAAAGGUUUAGGACUACUCACAGAUGGUGUCAUUGCUACAACAAAUCCAUUAGAUGAUAUUACCGGUAGCAACAAUAUAAUAUCAGCAUGGAUUGGUUGGAAUCAGUUGAUAACUAGUAAAAAUUGCUAUAUAGAAUUUUAUAUGUUUUAG